UUGUCCCAAUUCUGCUUCUGUUCAUUUCUAGAUUUCUUGUUUCCACAAAUGUAUGUUGAAUUAUAGAUUGUUUCAUGAAUUAGUAAUUUAGUAUAGUUAGUUUACCAGUGCAGUUGUAUCGAGUUGUGUAUUUAUGGAACCAUGGUUGAUUUAUUUGGCAUCUUUACAGAUUUUGAUUGAGACAGGUCAUAUUGGGAGACAAGCCAGUGGUUAUCUUACCGUCAUAGAUGGAGAAACUAUUGUUUACACAUCUGUUUGUUUGGCUGAUGCUCCAAGUGAACCGUCAGAUUUUUUCCUUCUUUCCGUUCAUUAUCAGGAGUGUUUUUCGGCAGCAGGUUGGACUAGUGGAGGUUUUUUCAAACGAGAAGGAAGGGCAAAAGAUCACGAGGUCGUAGUCGAGCAUUUGUCAGUUGAGGAAUUAGCUGGCAUAAAGGAGGCAUUUCAAUUGAUGGAUACUGACAACAAAGGCAAGGUAUCCCUGGAUCAGCUUCGAAAUGGAAUACAAGAACUCGACUAGCAGAUUCCUGACCGAGAUCUACAAAUACUAAUGGAAGUUGUAAGCAUCAAUUUGUGCUUCAUGGUGUAACAGGGUAUUUGUUUGACUGCGAUUUGUGAUAUAAAUUACUCUUUGGUUACUCCCCUUAACCAUAGUUAAACUUCUUACCUGCAUUUAUUUACAUCCAUGUCAGUAGAUUUGAUUGAGUUUAUGUCUAGCUUGUAUUAAAUUUCAGUGUUAAGAACAGAUUCAAAAUGAGGAGUUAAGAGACAGUCAAAGCUGGUGCAGGUCAACAAGAGUUGAGGCAGUGAAGGCUAGAGCCGCUCAACAAAAUGAAGAGCUAGAGGCACUAAA